AUGAAUUCUCGAAAACUAAAAGAAAACGCAACCAGUGAUGCUCCAGGAAACUGAAAUAAAAGGCAACUAUUUAGCCAGUGCACAAAUGAUUUUUAUGGCUGCUUAAAAUGUAAUGGGCUCAAGACCUACUGCAGCACUUGCAAAAAUGCUGGUGGUUAUCCUAAUAAAUAUGGUGGGUGCACCACUGUGUGCUCUGCUAAUCACUAUUUAAGCUGUUUACCAUGCAGUGAUUUAGUAGAAAACUGCAAUACCUGCAGUAGUAUUGACGAAUGCUAUUGAUGUGAAGACGGGUAUUAUUUGAACAGCAAUAAGUGCUAUACCUGCAGUUCUAAAUACGAAAACUGUAAAAUUUGUAACCCAAAUUCAUGCUAUAAAUGCAUAAGCGGCUUUGCUUUUGAUGAAUAUAACAACUGUGUCCCAUCGCCAACACCAAUCUGUAGUCAUGUUAAAAAUGGAAUCUGUAAUAAAUGUGAGUUGGGGUAUUACUUGGAAUCCAAAGCUUGUCUCUCAUGUAGCAUCUUUCCAAAUUGCGAUUUAUGGUGUGACUCCUGGGGCUGCACUCAAUGCUUGCCUGGCUUCAUUCCGGAACUCUCUUCGUCAUCCUGUAUUUCAUGCAGCACUCUCAUUCCGUUUUGUUUAGUUUGUUCAUCAAUUUCAAGAUGCACGCAAUGUGACUCAAAGCAUUAUCUUACAGAUAAAUACAUUUGUGCUGAUUCAGGACCUGACAAUUGUAAUAUUGUUCAGAGUGCUGACUUGUCUAACUGCGUUAAAUGCUUAAAAGGCUACAAUUGGGAUAAGAACCACAAAAUUUGUAAACCCUGCGGUGAUAUAAUGUUACAUUGUGCUGAGUGUGAAGAAGGAAAUAUAGAGGAUAUCGAAUGUUUAAAAUGCGACGCAGGGUACGUUUUAGAUCCUAAUGGAGUUUGCAUUAAAUCUCCUUUAGAAAACUGCAAGGCAGGUUUAGAUGCUUAUCAUUGUGAUAAAUGCUUACAGUUCUACGGCGAGGCGUGUGUUUCUGCAGGGGCUCCAAUUGCUAACUGCAAAAUAGCAAGUACUGAAAGUUCUUAUUGUGUAGACUGCAUUUUGGGUUAUUCUCAUACUGAAGAAGGGCUAUGCGAAUGCAGGGCAGAAUAUUGUACUACAUGCAAUACCGAUGACGGAAGCAUUUGCGAUACGUGCAUUGAUAACUACUAUGGAGACUGCGUAGCAUGCAGCGCAAAAAUACCUAAUUGUGACACUUGUGUAAGUGGGGUUUGCACAAAAUGCAGUGCAGGGUAUUAUUUGUUUUAUUCUCAGUGUCGUUUAUGCACUGAGGUUGAUGCAAACUGCAUUACUUGUAUAGACAAUGACCGUCUGUGUGCUUCUUGCAAGCCUGGCUUUUUGUCAACUGGCUAUGGCUCAUGCAUUGCAUCAUCAGUACCAAAUUGUGAUAUAGCUUACAAUUCUGCCAGGUGCACUAUAUAGAAAUUUCCCAUAGAUGGCGCUGUUUGCACUUGAUUUGCCCAUGAGAAAAAUUUUCUGGUUUGACCAAACCGUAUGGGACUGAUCGAACCAAAAAAUUUCCCCAGUGGGCAAAUCAAGUGCAAACAGCGCCAUCUAUGGGAAAUUUCUAUAUGCUUGCCUGGAUACUAUCUUAAUGAUCAGAAUACCUGCUCUUCUUGCGGAGCUAUUUUUGCAGGCUGCAACACUUGCUCUGGCUCCUCUAAAUGCCUGGAAUGCUCACCAGGGUAUUGGCUUAAUUCCAAUUCAUGUCUUCCAUGCAGCUCGAUUCCUAACUGCCAAACUUGUACAGAUUCCACAAAGUGCACAAAAUGCAAGGCUACAUAUCUUCUUAAUGAAAAUAAAAGCUGCACUUCUUCUUCAAUUGAGAAUUGCGAUGUUGUGGUGAGCAAUAAUCCUAGCACUUGCCAACAGUGUUCAAAAGGGUGUUUCUGGGACUCUACUAAAUGCAAUGCCUGCAGUGUCUCAUUGCCAAAUUGUGACACUUGCUCAAGUUCAACGACUUGCUCGCUCUGCAAAACAGGCUAUUGUUUAAACUUUAGCCAAUGCUCUCUAUGCAGGAAUGCAUUAGAGAAUUGCCUAGAAUGCUCUUUAGACGGCAGCUCAUGCUUAAAAUGUGAUAGCGGGUAUUACCCUAAUCAUGAAAAUAAAUGCACUAAAUCUUUCCUCAAUUCCUGUGCUAAAGUUUCUGAUGAUGGGACUUGUAUAGCUUGCCCAAGCGAUAAAAUAUUUGCCUGCACCAAUAGCGGUGCUUCACUUCCCAACUGCGUCAUUUCCUCUUCUGACAAUAUACAUAAAAUGGCUGGUGACGGGUGUCCCUAUGUAUAUCCGGACGUGAUUUUUUGGGUGUGGAGAGCUACUCAGGGAAGGGUAAGCCUCGAGGCGAGAGGCCCAGCACAAUUUUCCGCUGAUUUUGUGGCCUGACCCGAGUGACAGUUUUUCGCAUCUUUUUUCCAGUAGCGCCGGCCCAACUUGCCUUGAAGGAGCCCACCCCGCAGCGACUUGUCGCUGCGGAACGCAUAGUGUCUUGGAAAUGGAGACUAUAAAUACACAGCACAUAGUCUAAUCUAAUCUAAUUCUCUUCUGACAGCUCAGUUUGCGUGAAAUGCAAGCCUAGUUAUGAAAACCAAGGAGGAACUUGUGUUAAAUGUAACUUUUAUUUAGUGUACCCUGACAACUGUUCUGCUUGGACAUCGGUAAAUGUAUGCACUAUUUGUGAUUCAGGCUACUUCCUCUAUGAUAGCAAAGAAGAAACAACCUGCAUCUGUAACUUUUAUUUAGCUUGUACUGACUCGUGCGAACAGUGUGGGUUAAAUCCUACUUGCUUCAUUUGCACUGACUUAGUUGUUCAAGAUGGGAGCACUUGUAGGGUCGAUCAAGCGGGCUACAAGUUAAGUAUCAGCGGUCGUUAUAUUAUUAUUAAUUUUGCUCACUCAAGCUCUAGAAUAUUUACAAUUGCUAGUAUAACAGCUUUCAAAAAUAACAAUCAAAAUAUAGACACGACCAAUUGGUUUAUCAGUUCAAGAUCAGACGCUCAGAUGCAGAUCCAGACUGAUAAUGUGAGAAUAUCAGAUCUUCCAAUUAAUAUUAAAAUCUCACUUCUUUAA